GCGUGCGCGUGCGCGCCCAGACGAGGGUGACUGGGACCCCGCCGGCCCCAGCAUCGCGCGCCGUAGCCGCGGCCCCGCAGCUCCGCCCCCGGCCCGGCCAGGCCCGGCCCCGGGCCCGCUCGCCCGCUUCCCCGCAUGGAGCUGUCAGCCAUCGGCGAGCAGGUGUUCGCUGUGGAGAGCAUCCGGAAGAAGCGCGUGCGGAAGGGUAAAGUCGAAUAUCUGGUGAAGUGGAAAGGAUGGCCCCCAAAGUACAGCACGUGGGAGCCAGAAGAGCACAUCCUGGACCCCCGCCUCGUCAUGGCCUAUGAGGAGAAAGAGGAGAGAGACCGAGCAUCGGGGUAUAGGAAGAGAGGUCCGAAACCCAAGCGGCUUCUGCUGCAGCGGCUGUACAGCAUGGACCUGCGGAGCUCCCACAAGGCCAAGGGCAAGGAGAAGCUGUGCUUCUCUCUGACGCGCCCACUCGGCAGCGGGAGCCCCGAGGGGGUGGUCAAGGCGGGGGCACCCGAGCUGGUGGACAAGGGCCCCUUGGUGCCCACCCUGCCCUUCCCGCUCCGCAAGCCGCGCAAGGCCCACAAGUACCUGCGGCUCUCACGCAAGAAGUUCCCACCCCGCGGGCCCAACCUGGAGAGUCACAGCCAUCGACGGGAGCUCUUCCUGCAGGAGUCACCAGCCCCAGAUGCCCUACAGGCGGCCAGCGAGUGGGAGCCCACCGAGCAGCCCCCUGAGGAGGAGGCUGAGGCAGACCUGGCCGAAGGGCCUCCUCCCUGGACACCUGCGCUCCCCCCAAGUGAGGUAACUGUGACCGACAUCACCGCCAACUCUGUCACCGUCACCUUCCGGGAGGCCCAGGCUGCUGAGGGCUUCUUCCGAGACCGCAGUGGGAAGUUCUGAAUCACCGUUUUUUACUCUCUUAAACUGUUUCUUUUGGGCUUAGGGUGGGGACUUCAGAGAUGGAGGGUGGGGGUGGGGUAAUUAUUUUAUUUAAAAGAAAAAACUGAACAGAAGAAGAGGGGAAGAUCUUCCCACCCUGCCCUUUCCUCUGUGAGGGAUGUUUACGGAGAGGCCUUGGGCAAGGGCUGGCCAAGUGUUGCUUUGGAAGUUGGAGCAUCACCCCCAGGGCAGGACAGGCUGAGGCCUCCCUGCCUGGUACACCUCUGUCCUCAUUCUCUAGGUCCUCAUUUUCUAGAGAUGCAGCGGCUGGUUCUGGGAAUUCCAGGAGCAUUGGGAGGCCCAGGCCUGCUCCCUUGAGCAGCCUGCUCCAGUCAUGUGGCUGGUUUUCCCCUUCUGUUUUCUUGAUGGGUUCUUUGUUUUGAAGUUCCACUCCAGCUCUGUGGUGGGCUGCUGAGGCUGUCUUUGACCAGAAGUGACUGAGUCAGCAAGCAGGAACAGGAGGAAAAGUUUGAGAUUGUCCACUCCCUUUCAGAGAGAUCUGUAUCCUUCCCAGGGAGGAGGCUGCCAGCUGAGACCAUUCUGCUGAGUGCUCCACCCUCCCCCAUCACCUGGCCUGUGCGGAAAUGUGACACUCAGCUGCGCAAGUGUGCAGCACUGCCUUUGGCAUGUACAUCCACACAUCCCCAUGAACAUGUGUGUCUAUAGACAUGUCCGCAUGGGCCUUGUAAAUCUGCUUUAGAACCUGACCAGGUGAACGUGGGAUGAUUCACAGCACAAAAGAA